CGCUAUCCCUCGGACGCAUACCGAUGUUUCAGUAGUCAGUCCGGAGACCUGGGACGAACAUAUAUAUCCGAGUUAUGGAGUCCUACGAAGCUUCCUCUCGACUAUUUGCUGUCUUCACUACCUUCGGGCGGGAUAUUCAUUAUGUCCAUAGCUAACUUGCAAGACGUGGCGAAUAAGGCUUUCGAUUACAUUAUCAUUGGUGCAGGAUCUGCCGGUUUGACGUUAGCAGCCCGCCUAUCUGAGGAUCCCGCCAUCACAGUUUUGGUAUUAGAAGCUGGCAAUGCGAACCUUGAGGAUCCGGAGCUAUUAACUCCGGCGAAGUUCUCGAGACAUUUUGGGAACACGCUCUACGACUGGGGACAUGUUACUACUAAGCAAAGGCUCUUUGCCGACAAAGUAAUGCCAUGGGCGAGAGGCAAAGGUCUCGGCGGUUCGUCUACAAUCAACUUCAUGGUGUGGACCAAACCAUCAGCCGAAGAAAUAAACGCCGUAAGCUCAUCUCUGCCCUCAGACAUCGAACGCCUUGGAAACCCGGGCUGGAACUGGGAGAGCUAUCAGAAGUAUUCGGCGAAAGUGGAAAACUUUAUUGCACCUCCGGAAGACCAGAGAAUGAAGUUUAACUUGCCGCUUUACGAAGGAGUUGUAGGACGAGACGGUUGUUAUUAUCCUUUAGUCAUGCAGUACUGCGUCAUUAACAUGUUACGGAUGUUUGAGAAUGCGGGUUUACCUGAAGCGCCUCAGCCAUAUGGCGGUGAUCUGACGGGGUACUUUGUACCUCUGAACAGCCACGACUGCCGCACGGCGACCAGGUCCAGCGCUGCCACGGCAUACUACAUGCCGGUCAAAGACCGCGCCAAUCUCACCAUACUCACGCAAGCCUUAGCAAGCAAAGUCGUCUUCAGCGGAUCAGAUCACGACCAGAACCUGGUAGCUACCGGCGUCGAAUUUGUUUAUGGAGGGCAAUCUUACGUCGCCCAUUCGGUGCGGGAAGUGAUCAUCUCUGCUGGAACCAUCAAGUCUCCUCAGAUCCUGGAGCUCUCCGGUAUCGGCAGGAGAGAAAUUCUUGAAAGCGCCAGGGUACAGACGAAAGUCAAUUUGCCUGGCGUGGGAGAGAACUUGCAAGAGCACACCAUGGUCAGCAUGUACUUUCUGCUAAAAGAAGGCUACGAUUUUCCGACUUUCGACGGUCUGCGUGACGAAGAAACCAUGUUGGAGCAGCUGGAGCUAUACAAAGCGAAGGAAGGCGCAUUUACGAUGGGCAACGCAAAUCUCUGCUUCUUGCCAGUCAGCACUGUGAGCCCGCGUGCGGCCGAGAUCUAUGCCAAAGCAAAAGCAGCUGUCACCCAGCUAGACGUGGAAUCUGCGCCCGCUGGGCUACUCGAGCAGUACAAGAUCCAGCUAGAGCGAAUAAGACCCGGAUCAAGCAGUGUUAGUCCCGUCUGCGAAUUCAUCGGGAUGCCGGGCAUGUUUUAUGGUGGCAUACGUAGGUGUACAUAUGGGGCUUGCGGUAUAACACAUACUGAAGCAGUAUACUCAGCGGGAUUUAUCAAAGGGCGAAAGUACCUGAGCGCGACGGCAGGUUCAAACACGUGCUUUUCCCGGGGCACUGUGCACGUUGUGUCGCCUGAUCCUAUGAAUGACCCAGAGAUUGAUCCAAAAUAUUUCGAGCAUGACGUGGAUCAGGAUAUUCUUCUCGACACAGUCAAACUGCUGCGAAAGCUGCCUUUAGAGACGGCUCCUCUAAAGGACAUGGUUGAACGCGAAUUUAUGCCAGGGCCUGAAGUGGUGUCGGAUGAACAACUUCUUGGUAGGAUUCACAUUCGGUUUUUACGACAACUUGGCGUUAGUCUGAUGCUUUCCAAGCUUGUAUAUGUCAUCAUUGAUAAGAACUGGAUAGAUUCUUGCGGUACAUGCUCGAUGACGCCCCGAGACAAAGGGGGCGUUGUAAAUCAUCACCUUAAGGUGUAUGGCACGGCCAACCUUCGCGUGGUAGAUCUAUCUAUCGUGCCCUUGAAUUUCACUGGACAUAGUCAAGGUGCGACUCCCUGACUUC